AUGAUUACCACCAGCCACAAAUACCAGCGAGGACUAUUCACUUCCUCCAGCAAAGAGGCGAAGAACAUCAUUAAAAAGCUCCUCCGGGAAGAUCCUACCAGGCGUCUCGGAGUCAAUGGCAACAUCAGAGCCCACAGGUUUUUCCAGUGUAUUGACUGGGACUCGGUGGAAGCCCUUAGGAUGCGUCCACCACACAUUUCUAAACCACCAAACAACAUCCAGCGUGGCUCAAGACCAUUCAAUCUCCAAAUACUGGAAGCAGCAGAGUCUAGCAACUCGGCCUUUUCAGCAAACCACCAGGCCUUAUUCACAGGGUUUUCCUUUACCAACAUCAGCUGGAAAACCCCGGAACAUCCACCAGCUCUUUAA